CUCCAUAUCUUGUAUGUUGUACGUACCAUAUGACCAUAUUGCCAAUGAGUGCGCAAUAGCCGAGUAACAGCAAGCCAGCGCUGAGGCAGCUUGUUGUUAUCCGUUUUGUGAGCAACCGUUCUUGAGUAAACAUUGCAAGUGCCGAGGAAGUGUCGAGGAAUACUACGAGGCGGCACCAUGUCUCUGAACACUGCUCAUGCGCCGGGCGGCGUUCUCAUCUUCAAAGGCGAGUUCAUUCUGCUCUACUGUGACGGAGUGGAACUGACGUUCGAGGGUUCGGAUGCACAUCAGUUCCAUGGCACCAAGAAGCGCAUCUACCUCACCACACACCGGAUGGUGUUCACCAACAGCAACAGCAAAGACUUCCUGCAGUCGUUCAGCUUUCCUUUCUUCACCAUGAGUAGCCUUGGCCUGGAGCAGCCAAUCUUCGGUGCAAACUACAUCAAGGGCACUGUCAAGGCCGAACAGAACGGGAACUGGACGGGCAAGUGCACCUUCAAGCUGAAGUUUAUGAAGGGAGGUGCGAUUGAGUUUGGCCAGGCCAUGAUGGAGGCUGGAAAGACGGCAUCCCAGCAUGCGGCUGGAAUGGCUCCCCCGCCGUACUUCCCGCCUCCGGGUCCCUACUUGCCCCCUCCGCCUGCGUACACGCCAGGCCAAGGGGUGGACUACGGCUUCAACAUUCCCUACAAUGUGUUUCCCGACGCACCUCCAGCCAACUCCGUGUUCAUGAGCGACAUGCCACCCCCGUACCCCGGUGUCAAUGGUCCCCCCCAGUACUACCCUGGCGGCUACCCGGCAGGGGCGCCCCCGAGCUACCCCAAUGGUGUGGUGCCGCCCAGUGGUCCCGCACCUGCACCGGGUUUCAACGUGCCCCAGGCUGGAUACUCGGGACCCCCUCCUGCACAGCCCUCCGGACCCUAUCAGUCGGCAGCAGCCAUGGCCAAGGCAGCCGAGGCAUCGCACAACUCGGCCUACUACAACCCAGCCAACCCAGGUUCCAUGUAUGUGCCGGCCCCUCCGCCAUCCUUUGACCAGGCCAGUGCCAGUGCACCACCGGAGGGACCACCGCCACCGUACUCCGAGGGUUCCAAGAAGACCAACUGAGGACAGGCAGCGCUGGGCCUCCUCCCGUGCACAGUAGCCCCCCUUUCUCCUUUGCCUGGAUUAGUCUCUAACCUGUCUGCAAGUGCAGGGAUGACAUUCCCUUUCACACCCAUAAAAAUGGGGAAAUAAACAUGUGAGCGGAGAACACUUUAUCUCUUGUUAAUGUGCAGGGCAAAAGACGCUUGCGUAUAGUACUCCAGUUCUCGCCAAGUUCACUGUGGUGUUUGGCAUCAUACGUUGCACGACUGACAGUGUAGCGUGUAGUCUGUUGAAGUGGUUCUGGUCAUGUUUACAGAUUAUACUUGGCUGUAUGGUUUUAUGUAAUAAAGAUGUUUAUGAUAGUUUGACUGGA